UAAUUUUGAAGGUAAGAAAGGGUAUCUACUUCCUGAGUCGAAAAUACACAUGUUACUACCAUACAUAUAACAUUUUAUCCUGUUAAAACGACGUAGUAUAGAAGAAAGGUCUCGUAUGAUCCUAACAGAAUGUCGGCGAAGGUGAUCAGAAAUGAACUGUACCCUGAUUCGACCAUGACACUCGCACUAUUUAGAAAUGUUGACAAUGCGAAAGAACUCCGGCAGUGUGUCAUGACUGGGAAAUUCGAGGCAGCGCUCUUAAAAACUUCUAUGAUAACUGACCCGUUCCAAGUGGUUGUGGCUGCAAACAGAGCAGUUCAUUUGAACAAAGUUAACAAGAUGAUGACAAAGAAUGUUCACACUGAAAUCCUGUUCAGUUUAUCACCCACAAAAAAUAUAUCAGAAUCAUUCAGAAAGUUCGGCCUUGCUGACUCUGACCGAAGUGUUAUGGUGGCCAUCACGGACGACUUUGAUGGGACUGUCCUCAACUCUAUCAUCACUUCUACGCAAGGAGAGCUCAUUGAUGUAGCAGAAGUGGACAGUUUAUCAGACAUAGCAUUGAUAAAAAAAAUUUACAAGAUUACUGAUGCUGAGUUGACAACAUGUUCCCUCUCAGAUGCUAUAAUAUCGAGAAUCUCGAGUAAGGACAUUGUAAAUGUAUGACAGAAACACAAGGAAACACUUAUGGACUUAGAAUGCUCUUGUGGAGUACAUGGGACAUCAAGAAUGCAUCAUUUGCCUUUUUUUCAAUUGACUGUUGCCUGGUGUUUAAAGGGAACACCUGCAAGGAUGGAAUUAUUGUUUUGGUCUUAAGACACUGUUAAUGAAGAUUCUAAAUCCUCUAGCUACUGCUAAAAUGUUAAAGGAAAACAGGAAUAACCUUAAGUACGAAGGAUACAUUUAACAUAUUUAUUAACUGGUGUAAAGGAAUAAACAUAACGCACAAAUGAUUGUAAGAUCUUUAGCUUGUUUAUAGGAAAGAAAAAAAAGACAAAUGAUUGCAUGAUCAUUAAAUUCUUUUAAGAAACAGGAAAGUACCAAGUAUCUUGGUCUACACCAACGAACAACUGUAUAACAUAACUGUUCAUAAAAUGUACAUUUUGUAUUUGAAUGAAUACAAUUAAUAUCAGUUGUA